GCUCUAGGAUGGCGCACUCGCUCUCCUUAAGCUUUGUGGCGGGGAGGCUGCGGGAGAGUCUGGCGGGGGGAGAUCCCGGCGUACCCCGGAUACACGAAGUGGAAGCCAUUUGUACGUCUUCACAUACAGCCAAAGUAUCUCCGCUAAAGUGAACUAAAAUCACUCCGGUGGAAACAGAAACCAUCCUCUGGAUGAAAAGGCUUUUUGAGAUCUAAAACAUUUCUUGGAGUUACUCUGGAGACAGAGACAGAAUGGAGACACAACUUUUAGCAAGUGAGGCAACUGAAAAAGACCCUUCUGCUGUUCAGAAUGGAAGCUGUGGGGAGAUCUGGGCAAAAACUGGGCAGAAGAUCCUGGAGGAGGAAACCAUCCAUUCAGAAAUUCAGCCCUGCAACUCCAGGAGCAUCCAAGAGGCUGAGGGUCCUCGGAGACUUUUUAGUCAACUCCAUGCAUUUUCUAGGCAAUGGCUGAAAAAGGAAAAUCACACCAAAAUGCAGAUGCUGGACAUGGUUGUUCUGGAGCAGUUCUUAGCCCUUCUGCCCCCAGAGAUGGAGAGCUGGGUGCGGGAGUGUGGAGCAGAGACCAGCUCCCAGGCGGUGUCCCUGGUGGAAGGCCUCGUGAGCCAGGUGGAGGAGCAGGAGCAGGACGAGUUGCAAAUCAUGGAUCUUGAGGAAAGGAAGAAUCUAAGAAAUCUCUCUCCAGAGCGGUUUUUCCGAAGGUUCUCUCAGGAAGAUCCAAGUCAGGACACCUCAGGAGGUCUUCGUAGUGGAGAUGAAGGAAUGGUUGGACACCCAAAUCAAGAAGGUUCCGUGGCCUAUGAGGAGGUGGCUGUGUAUUUCUCGGAGGAGGAGUGGUCUCAGCUGGAUCCUGACCAAAAAGCGCUGUAUUGGGAAGUCAUGCGGGAAAAUCAUAGGAACGUGGCCUCUCUCAGCGAUGAUGGGCAGGAGAAUAAAGAUUCCUAUGAACCAUUACAAGGGAUAACUGGUGAAGAGAGAAUGGAGACAACUGCAGUUGGAAUAGAAGUGGAAAGAUGUGAGAAAAACCAGCCUGACAAUUGGAAUCAGGAAAGCUCCUCUUCCGUUGAUGCUCCAGUGCAAGACUUUGUGGUCCAACAAGGGAAAAUAAAGGAAUAUUUUGGGGAAAGUGUGAAGCAAAUCAAAGACCAAUUAGAUGCAAAUGGACGCUAUCCAUACCAAACUAAUGGAGCAGAAAUGGAGGAUUACAUUUCUAAACUAAAAAAGUUUUCUAAACUGGACUAUCAAUCAAAGAAGGAGGUAAUAAUUAAAGGAAGACCAACGCCGAAGCUAAAGGGCCUGCUUCAGAGGCAUAAUCAGAAAACCCGCUCUUUCCAAACGGAGUGGUAUACACGAAAAGACUGGCUGUGUGGAUGUUCAGUAAGAAACCGCCUUUUCUGCUUUCCCUGCCUUCUUUUCUCAACUUGCGGCAAUGUCUGGACUCAGAUGGGAUAUUGUGACCUGAAGAAUUUGCAAAGAAGCCUCAUCAAACAUGAGCAGUCGACCACCCACAUACAUAGUCAGAUCUCACUAAAAACGUUCAGCGUGCCCAGGAUAGACAUAGCUUUAGAUGAACAACGCAGACUCAACAUCAACACCCACAAUGCUAAGGUAAAGGAAAACCGAGAGAUUUUAAAAGAUCUCAUCGAUGUCACCUGCUUCCUCGCCAAACAACAGCUGGCAUUUCAUGGAAAUGAUGAAAGUACAGACUCUACGAAUCGUGGAAACUUUGUUGAACUCUUACAUGGUUUUGCUGAGAAAGAUGACAGGCUAGCUAAACAUUUGAAAACAUCCACUGUAUUUUCCGGCUUGUCAAACAGAAUACAGAAUGAUUUAAUUGAAGCAGUCAAUGAUGUCAUUAGAAAUGACAUUAAAAAAGAGAUCAGUGCAACUCCAUUUGUUGCUGUAGAAGUAGACGAGACCACAGAUGUCACAAACCAAGCUCAGAUUUCUGUCAUACUGCGGUAUGUGGCUAUGACUGAUGCCAAUUGUGAGGUGAAGGAGGCGUUUUUGGGAUUUGAUGAUGUGAGGGAGGACAGACGCGCUCCCGCAAUUGCUGAGUAUAUCCUGAGAGUGUUGGAGAAGUAUCACUGUAUUGGAAAGCUUGUAGCUCAAACCUAUGAUGGGGCUGCUGUAAUGACAUCAGAACUAAAUGGCGUGCAAGCUAAAAUAAAAGAAAAAGUGCCCGAAGCCAUGUUCACACACUGUUAUGCACACAAGCUGAACUUGGUGCUUUUCAAUUCAGCAAAGUGCAUGCCGGAGUGUCGCACAUUUUUUAAAACAGCUGAGGGGCUAGCGUCAUUUUUCAGCAAGUCCACAAAGCGCACUCACUUGCUGGAUGAUGUUGUUAAGCGCCGUUUACCCAGAGCAGCACCCACAAGAUGGAGUUCUACCUCUAGGCUGGUGCAGACAAUAAGCAUGCACCAAAAUGAUCUGCGCACAUUAUUUCAUGUCAUUCUAGAAAAUCCUGACAACUGGGACAAUGACACACUAAUGAUGGCAGCAGAAUACGAUCGGUGGCUGUCAAAACCAUCAACAUGCUUUCUCCUUAUGGCAUAUGAGGACAUUUUCAAUGAAACUGACACACUUUUUAGAGUACUGCAAAACCAGGUGAUGGACAUCGAAUAUUGUCUUGCACGUAUCCGCGACACCUUUACAGCUCUUGAGCGCAUGAAACUGGAGUUCAACAGUUUAUAUGACCGAUUUGAGAAGAAAUGCAGCUCACUUGGUCUGACAGGGACUGGAUGUAGAGAGACGGUUAUAUCUGAACAAAAACGAGUGUUUUAUAACAUUUUGGAGAACAUAAGCCAUCAAAUGCAGGCUAGGUUUGAUCAUUUUGGUGAGUUGACUUUCCUUGGUUUGGUGGAUUGCGCAAAAUUUAGUGAAAUGUCCCGACGUUUUGAUGACACGAAACUGCAGAGCCUUUCAAAAUAUGCCAGAUUUUUUGACUUUGUGAAACUGAAGGCGGAUCUCGUUGGACUGUACAGCUCAAAAGUGAUCAGGGAUACAUGUAAAUCUCCUGCACAGCUUCUUAGCUUUUUGGCCCAGAAAGAUCUCAUUCAGACUGUUCCUCAGGCUACAAAGUUGCUCCAGCUUGUGCUCACUGUUCCAGCUAUGACAGUAUCAGUGGGGCAGUCAUUCUCAGCACUGAAGAGACUAAAAACAUACAAUCGGAACAAGACUAAUCAAGAACGACAUUCUUCCCUGGCCGUGAUCGCCAUUGAGACAGAGAGACUUUUAAAAUUAAAAGAAGAUAAGGAAAAAUUCUACCAGCAAGUCAUAGAUGCUUUUGUUCAGAAGGAGCGGCGGAUGGACUUCAUUUAUAAGUAAUGGUAAUAAUGUGCAGGAGAAUCAAGAUUCCUGUGAACUGUUCCAAGUGAUCAAUGCUGGAGAUAGAAUGGAGAAGUCUGCA